AUGUUGAGAGUGAAGGCCAGACCGCUGGUGUAUUCGAGACCUGGGGUGCUACAAACAGGCUGGACUCCAAUCGUCAAACGAUCGGCGAACGUAACCCUUAACGGUGGUGUUAAGUGCAAAAGAGUUCAGUUUCCCGUUGUAAGUGCGUGUGUCCUCACAGUCCAUAAGUCCCAGGGAGGCACAUUCUCGGAAGUCGUAUAUAAUUACGAUAAGGGUCAGGAACAGCAGCUAGUUUACGUUGGUCUUUCCAGGGUUACAUCAAUCGACGGAUUGUAUCUGACGAAUGCCAGUAACUCAUUCCGGUUCCACCACGGAAAGGGUUCUAUGACCCCUAGAAUGAACGACCUUCGGACGGAACUUGAACGUUUGAGUAACCAUCGUAUGCGCACCAUUACAGACGAUAUCAUGGAAGCUAUAACCGCAAACAAGUUGGCUUGUACGUUGAUGAGCAUCAAUGUACAAAGUUUGAAUGCACACUCGUCGGACAUUGCAACAGAUCGGGUGCUUACCGCCGUUGAUUUGCUUGCAAUGAGCGAAACUUGGCUUGACAACGGCACAACCACAAACAUCAAUGGAUACCUUUGUGUUUGCCAAGAGAAGCGUGACGGAACAAGAGCGGGAGGAGUGGCAAUAUUUGAACGUGCUGGUUCGUCGACUAUGGCCGUUUCUCACGCCAUUACGAAGCUCAAUGAAAGCUAUGACCCAGCAUUGAGUGUAGCAGACGAAUAUGGGGACUGCUGUGCUGCAGAGGUUUCGAUCAUGGAAACCCGCACGUUACUGUUUGCGGUAUAUAUUUCACCAGGUACCACCCUGAAGCAAAAGAAAUAUUUCUUAGUGCGCAACCUCAUAAAGUACACCCAUGUUGCCAUGCCCGUGGUAGUGUCGGGAGACUUUAAUAUUGAUGUGACGAAAGAGGAGAACAGAGAUUUCAUCUGGUUCAUGAAGCAGUUUCUCUAUCUGGAUUGUGCUUCGGAUCCAACAAUAGCGACUACUCUGGGUGGCACAUGUCUCGAUCUAACGUUCGCCCGGAACGUAAGUGUGGAAUGCAGGAGAUACUGCACGUACUUCUCCUACCACCGGCCUAUUUUGUCGAUUCUUGCGGUGUCCCGAGAACCGAUGCCAUCCCAGUGAAGUGAAUUAACGUCACUGAUCGUCGUUGUUCCGCUAGUUCAUCUGCCAAAACGUUCGAUUUCAACCAGAAUGACCAAUCAUUGACAUCAGCCGGACAGUCCGUAGCAAAAAUAGAUAAUUGAUCCUGAAAAUGAAACUUGAGUAUUUGGUAACUAAAUUUAUAUUUAGAUCAUAAUGUAUUUAAUAUGAAACAUUCUUUCCGUUUUGUUCUUUUCUUUGUUUUCUACAGAUUCAGCCCAACAGUGGAUUGAUACAUCCUUUAACAUUCAUCGGGACCACGGCGUACAUCACUUCAAAAGGCUUCAAGCCAACAUAAACAAACGGCCCUUUUCAGGGCCACCAAAUAUUCAUGGAGGAAGAUGUUGUUGAGGCUGUUGUUUACCGAUCUUCUGUUUCUUUAAUACUCUGCUUAUAGUUAUAAACCGAAAUGAGUUUAUAGUAACAAUCGGGUUUUCGCCCAUUUAUUUCCAGGAUAUGCGACAUGUCGAGGAUAUUCCAACCCAGAUUGAAUAUACAGCCCUAUCUUCAAAAAUCAGCACCAAGAAACAUAUUUAGAGUUUCAAAAUAAAAUCUUCUACACUUACGUAAUCCUACGUCCAAUUGGCGGUCGUGUCUCGGAUACAACCUUCUACUUUUUUUUUUCUCUACAUCUUCCGGCCUUCAACUACCGGCCGGUAAUUAUUUUCAAUCACUCCGUUUUUUAGUUUCUAGAUUAAUCUUAUUCCUCAUUGGAAAUACUUACGCUUUCGGUGGUUCGGUUGCGCUACCGGCUGAGCCAAUGUCGUAACCGCCGACCGAAGAACCGGAUUGAAUGGACAAAGUGACGCCAUCUUCUACUAGAAGACGUUCUUCAUGGCUGGCCAUGCUAACGUAUGCACCAGCCGAAACCAUAGCAGCCGAAUGUUCCUCCUGGUGCUCCAUUUCGCGUCCGUCGCUGUUAGCUAUCCUCAAAAGACUGACUCAUCUUUUCCUCUAUUUCCUUUGACUCUACAAGAACUCUCCAAAGAGCCCUUCAACUAUCACCAGGUCUAAAGAGAACUUAUCUAGAUAAAAGUCAGGAAGGAAUUUC